CCACUGCUUCUCCAAAUGCUGCCCAGGAUCCAAGAGACAUGGAGAAUAAAAACUUAAGCAGUACCACAUCAGACUUCAUCCUCCUAGGCAUCUCUUACAACCCUCACCUGCAGAAGCCCCUCUUCGCCAUCUUUCUCAUUAUGUAUCUCAUCACCGUGCUGGGGAAUGUGCUCAUCAUCCUGGCCAUCCACUCUGACACCAGACUCCACACCCCUAUGUACUUUUUCCUCAGCAACCUCUCCUUCAUGGACAUCUGCUUCACAACAGUCAUCGUGCCCAAGAUGCUGGUGAAUUUACUGUCAGAGACAAAGUCAAUCUCCUAUGUGGGCUGCCUGGUACAGAUGUACUUCUUCAUGGCCUUUGCGAACUCCGACAGCUACCUGUUGGCCUCCAUGGCCAUAGACCGGCUGGUAGCCAUCUGCAACCCCUUCCAUUAUGAUGUGAUUAUGAGCCCAAGGCGUUGCCUUCUCAUGCUGCUGGGUUCUUGCACCAUCUCCCAUCUGCACUCCCUGUUCCGUGUGCUUCUCAUGUCCCGCCUGUCCUUCUGUGGCUCCCAUGUCAUUAAGCAUUAUUUUUGUGAUACCCAGCCAGUGCUAAAGCUUUCCUGCUCUGACACAUCCUCCAGUCAGAUUGUUGUCCUGACUGAGACCUUGGCUGUCAUUUCAACCCCCUUCCUAUGCAUCCUCUUCUCAUACCUGAGAAUCAUCAUUGCUGUGCUCAGAAUCCCUUCUGCAGCUGGGAAGUGGAAGGCCUUCUCAACCUGUGGUUCCCACCUCACGGUAGUGGCCUUGUUUUAUGGGAGUGUCAUUUAUGUCUACUUCAGGCCCCUGUCCAUGUAUUCAGUGGUGAAGGACCGGGUAGCCACAGUUAUGUACACAGUAGUGACACCCAUGCUUAACCCUUUCAUCUAUAGCCUCAGGAACCAAGAUAUGAAGAGGGGUUUGAGGAAAUUAAAGGACAGGAUUCAUUCAUAG